AUGCCAAAAGUUAAUAAAUCUUUAUUAAAUGAACCCGAAGAUCGUAUUUCAUUUUUUAUUGAUCAAGCUACUGUUAAAAAUACAAAACGUUCUACUACCAAUUGGAUCAAAAAAUUUGCAGAACACUGUGAAAAAUACAAUUUAAAUGGCACUAUUGAAACUAUUUCCGAUGCUUCAAAACUUGAAUCAAAUUUGAUUCAUUUUUUUUCUUACACCAAACGUAAUUAUAAAGAAGAAUAUUCCGUAAAUUUGAUUUUAUCAGCUUUGGCUGCACUUCAACGUUAUAUUACUGAAAAAUCACCAUUAACUGGAAUUAAUAUUCGUGAUAAAAAAAAAUUUUCAACACUUAAUACACUUCUUAAUGAAAAAAUCAAGUGGCUUAGUGCUAAAGGAAAAGGUGAGACAAAAGGAUCAGAAUCACUUACUAUUAAUGAGUGCCUUCAUAUUCUUAAUCAUAGCUGUACAUCUCCAAAUACUCCAUGGGGUUUAUUUAAUUGGCGAAAAGAUGGUGGUUAUGAUAUUUUAAUUUAUAGAUCCAAAACCAAUCAACGUGGAAUUGAUAAUCUUGGACAAGCAGAUCGGAUUUCUAUUCCAAAUUUAGAUCAUAUUAAUAAUAUAUAUAAUCAGUAUUUCGCAAAACAACCAGAAAAUGCAGAUCCACACUUUUAUCUUCAAGCGAUUGAUGACAAUUCUAAAGCAAAGUCUAUUUGGUAUAAAACAAAUCAUGUUGGAGAAAAAAGACUUGGUACUCAUUUACGUUAUAUCGUUGUGGCAUCUGGAAUUGAUAUAUCUGAUCGUAAGAUAACAAAUCAAAGUGGACGUAAAACAACAAUUCAAUUAUUAAAGUCACUUGGUGCUAGUGAUUAUGAGUGUAUGACGAUUUCAAGACAUAAAUCUCAAAUGGGUUUUCAACAAUAUGAACGACCUAAAAAUGAUAUCCAAAUUAAUAAACUUGGAGAUCUUUCAAAAAAAAUUAUGCCUAAUGCUAUUUGCGAUAAUUUUCAAG